AUGCGGCAUUUCGGCAGAAGCCUGGGCUACGAGAAUCUUUGGAUGAGGGAGCUCUCCAAGCACUCACCCGGGCAAAUCCAGAACGAGCUGCCCAGGCCGGUGAUUGAUGAGCUUGCCUCAAAGUCGGAUGUUCGGAACCCAUCGGCAUUUGUGUCCUCGACGAUCGCGAAGUACCCUAUGCUGCGCCCACAUCUACGGCAGCAAAAUGCCAACUUGAUUUCAGCUGCGCCCAGGAGUAUCUACGAGGUGCUUCAAAGACACCCUGGUUUGGAACAGGCACUGGACGCAGUCGCCUUGCGGCGCUUGGAGGAGGUGGACAUUGCUCGGGCAGCGGACCUCCUCGACGACCUAGCACAGCGGCGGGGCGUCCGAAAUCCGUCAGCGUUCAUCGUGCACGUGCUCGGAAGGUCCACUCCGGCGCACGAUGAGCAAGAAGGGGAGGUAGACCGGCUCCUUCAGGCAUAUCCUCAUAUCCGUGAGCGCUUGGACAGUCAGGCCCUCAUGAAGCUGUCCGAUGCCGACCCAGCACGGGUGGAAGAGAUUCUGCAGGAUAUGGACAGCAAAGGUGAUGUGCGCAACCCCUCCGCAUUCAUAGUCAAGGCGUUGUCCUCCUUCCCUACGCCGCGCCACGAUGCCAAUCUCUCUCAUCGGCCGUUGCCGGAACUGGAGAUGCAGAAUGUGGGCGAUUCACAGAUGACGAUCUACGACGUGCUCGACAGCCACCCCGGUUUGCAGCAGGCACUCGAUGCAACCGCCUUGCAACGUUUGGAAGAGGCAGAUUUCGCUCGAGCAGCCGAUGUCAUCGAAGAGCUGGCGCAGCGACCGGAUGUGCGAAAUUGCUCGGCGUUUGUCGUGCAAGCAUUGAGGCAUGCUGUGGCUCCGAUGUACGAUGACCAGGAUGGGGAGGUAGACCGGAUUCUUCUGAGAUAUCCGGCCAUUCGUGGGCGCUUGGAUGGCCAGGCCCUAAUGAAGCUGGCUGACUCUGACCCAGCGCGGGUGGAAGAGAUUCUGCAGGAUAUGGACAGCAAAGGUGAUGUGCGCAACCCCUCUGCAUUCAUAGUCAAGGCGUUGUCCUCCUUCCCUGCGCCGCGUCACGAUGCCAACGUCCCCCAUCGGCAGACUCCGGAACCGGAGAUGCAGAAGAUGGGCAACUCGUGGAUGCGGCAGGAGGAAAGUCCGCUCCAUCAGCUGUUGAGCUCAGAUCCUGGGCUCCGAGAAGCACUUGACGAUGGAGCGAUGCACGCCUUGGAGGCAUGCGAUCCAGAGCGAGCUUUGGAGGUGGUUGAGGACAUCAUCAAAAAGGGCGAUGUUCGCAAUCCGUCAGCCUUCGUAGCCGCCAGCUUGGCCAAAUAUCCGCAGCCUCGUGGUACACGCUCAGAGGAACACUGGAGGCCAGUGCAGCCACCACCGCCCAUGGCCAUGCCCCACCCUUCGGUGAGAUCGUCGUUCGCCUCGCGUGCCAGCGAUCAAGCUAUGUAG